AUGUCGGCACUCUAUGAACAGAGUACGCCAGAGGUGCUUGAGAUCAAUGACACCGUGGCGAAGGUGAACAUCCUGAGUUUUACAGAUCAGGACUUGGAUGAAGGUCAGUUGGGAGGUAAUAUUUCAUGGCGGCCACCACAAGACACCUCACAGGUGACCCACUAUCGUGCGUAUUUGGCGGAAGAUGCAGCUGGCCAUAUCGAACGAUCCCCGAUGUUUCUGGAGACACCGGUUGGAACCAAUCAGGAUCUCUUGCCCACAGACAGCACCGUUGUGAAUGCUACACAUUUGCUGAUAUACACAGUGUCUUCUUUGGUGGAGCAGUCUACACCCGAUUACUUUCUAUUCUUCGACAUGAUGGCCAGCGUCUCCAACGUGAUUUUCCUAGACAAAGAUGCAGAUUUUGGACAAGUUGGAGGUGUUGUUGAAUGGCAAGAACCCAGUGACACCUCCAGAGUCACACACUAUGUGGCCUACUUUUCACAAGAUGCUGCCGGCCUGGGUAAGUCCCAGAUUGGCGUCGACCUUCCUGAAGGCGAACUCAACGUCACAGUUCCAGCAGACACUCAACUAAGCUAUGUCGACGAUUCCGCUGGCUAUGCUGUGGUUUUCACUCGGUCCUUUUUGACCGAGCAGACGACCCCCAGAGCCCUGGAGGUUAGUGACACUGCUUCCUCUAUCCCAUACCUUCACUUCACCGACCUAGACCUGGACGAGGGGCAGAUUGGUGGCUACAUGCAGUGGCAAUCUCCGGAGGACAAUGGAACUAUAACACACUACAGGCUCUACGCAGCAGAAGACGAGCUUGGCACCAACAGGACUCGACUCUCGGAAGUGGCCUUCGGUACCACAGAGGCCCUUUUGCCGGCAGAUUUCGAUUUGCACAACUACACCCAUCUCCUCAUCUAUGCCAAGACAGAGGUAAGUGAACAGACAGUCCCUACCUUCCAUGUCAUCAAAGAUGAAGUCGCCAUCGUUUCUCACGUAAAUCUUGCGGACAAGGACUUGGAUCCUUUGGAACUGGGCGGUACUAUCACAUGGUCUCCUCCCGACACCUUGACACUGGUGACAGGCUACGUUGUGUAUUUGGCACAAACAGCAGCAGGUGCAGAGCGAGACAACGUGAAUGGAUUCAUAUCAGUGGCCACCUCAGAUCUACUUUCGAAAACCCUUUUCAAGACUCAAGACACGGUCGGCCGCUUUCGGGAGGAUUUGGACCUGGACCUCGGCGACUUGGGAGGAGAAGUGGCGUGGCAGCCUUCCCUCGACGUUGCCCAGGUCACGGGGUACUUCAUCUACUUCAGUCCUGCUGCGGAUGGAGCUGAAAGAUCCUUGCUGGGCAACACAUCAGACUCUGUGGAUCGUAUUGGCUUGUCGCACAACCAGAAGACCGGGACCCUGCGGCACGUCUUGGUUUAUGCUUCAUCUUCUUUGGCCGAGCAGAGCACACCACUGUCCUUGCCCUUCAAUGAAGCUCGGACAGACGAUCAGGACACAGAUUCCAGUGUCUCAGCUGUGAACUUCACAGAUCGUGACUUAGAUGCUGAAGAGCUUGGAGGUUUGAUCAGUUGGGCACAGCCUGAGGAUGCAUCGCUAGUGACCCAUUUCUUGGUGUACCUUGCAGAAGACCAGCAGGGCAGCAAUCGCUCGCAGGACUUGGACGCCUAUGACUUGGGUGGACCAAUCACAUGGCAAGUGUUGGGCGAUGAGACGCUAGUGUCCAGCGUAUCCGCCCGCGGGAGCAACCGCUCGCAACUGGGCACUACUGAGGUGGGUACAGACUUCAUCGACGUGCCUGUAGACUUUGUACAUAAUGAUACGGCGACCACCGAGAUCUACACACGUUCCUAUGGACGCACUCCAACGCAUGCAGAGGCGAUCAACAACACCAAUUCCAGCGUCUCGAACAUCGUCUUCCUUGAUGAUGACUUGGAUGACGAUGAGUUAGGAGGGAACAUUUCAUGGCAGCUGCCAGAAGAUCUCUCCCAGGUGUCUCACUACCUUUCCUACUUGGCAGAUGACAGCAACAGAUCACAGAUAGGCUCUGCACUGAGCGUCCAAAUGGAUCCCAUCUCUUUCUUGGAAGCAGAACAGCCGCAGCUGAACUACACACAAGUCUUGGUAUACACCAGGUCUGUGUUGGCAGAGCAAACCAGUCCAGCGGUCACAGAAAUCAGCGAUACCUUUGCGACUGUCCAAUCGCCCAAUUUUACGGACCAAGACCUUGAUGAGGAGGACUUAGGUGGCACGCUGUCUUGGCUUGAGCCAGCUGACAAUGCUCGGUCUGCUUGGUAUGUUAUCUACCUGUCGACGGACGCAGUGGGUGCCGGGAGACAAAUGGUUGGAGCAACCUCCAUUGGAACUAAUGAACUACAAGUGCCAGCUGACACCACAAGAGCCCCAUUCAAUUUCUUCACCCUGUUCACUCGUUCAGCUCUGGCGGAGCAGACAACUCCAGUUGCUUUGGCCUUGAGUGAUACGAUUGCCAGCAUCUCCUCCAUGGCCUUCCUUGACCUAGAUCUUGACGAGGAGGAACUUGGUGGGACCUUUUUGUGGCAGCCUCCUGAUGACCAGCAGCAGGUAUUCUCCUAUGAGAUCUAUUUGAGCAACAUUGGAUCUACGGAUGCAGGCCUUCAUCCCAAUGGAACCAAGGACUGGACUCAGCUACCUAAUGGGAGUGUUCCGGUGGGCACUCACGACCUCCAGCUGCUCCCUGAUUAUCCAUCUGCGGCCAGCUUCGUCCUCAUCUAUACUCGAUCUUUGUUGGUGGAACAGACCACUCCUGUGGGCUCUUUCUUGAAUGACUCCGUGGCGUCGGUUCGCAAUGUGUCCUUCACAGAUUUGGAUUUGGACAACUUGGAGCUGGGUGGAAACGUCACAUGGGAUGAUCCACCAGUAGAAGAGCAAGGAUAUCUAGCGGAAUUCUUCGAUGUCUACCUGUCCGAGGGGGCCUUCAUCGGACGUUCACACAUCCAUUCAGCCCCUGCUGGAACAAACUUUGCAUCGCUGGCACCAGAGACUGACAUAAGGUCCUUCUCGGAGAUCUUGGUUUUCACUCGCUCCACAUUGACAGAGCAGACCACGCCCAGAUCCUUCCAUCUCAGCGACGUCGGCCGUUACGUCCUGAAUUUGAACUUCCCGGAUCAGGAUCUGGAUGCUGGAGAGCUUGGUGGAAACGUAAGUUGGAGCGAGCCGCAGGACUCAUCACUGGUCGCGAACUAUGUGGUCUAUCUCGCAGAUUUGGGAGGCGAUCGGGUUCAAGCAGCAGACACCACGGAGGUUGGCUCUACCGUUGUAGCGAUGAACCCUGACACAUUGGUGCUCAACUAUACCCAUGUGGUUGUCUACACACAAUCAUCGCUGGUUGAACAAAGCACACCGCGAGCCAUUAACAUCAGUGAUUCUGUGGCAAGUGUCUCUGGUGUGCAGUUUGUGGACGAGGACUUGGAUGUUUUGGAGUUGGGUGGAGAGAUCCUUUGGACGAAGCCUCUGGAUGACUCCUUUGUCACCUUCUACGAUGUGUAUUUAGGGAACAGCAGCAUGGGCGCUUUUCGAUCUCAGCUGGGCCUUCCUGUUCCAGUUGGCACUUUGCAGACGUUUGCACCAGUGGAUUUGCCACAGGAACUCCGCUCUCACAUUCUGGUCUACACUCGUUCGGUCCUUGUUGAGCAGUCAACACCUACCGCAAUUGAGAUCAGUGACACGGUUUCCGAUGUGCUCAAUGUCACAUUUAUUGAUGAAGAUUUGGAUUUGCGUGAUUUGGGCGGCUACAUCUCCUGGGAGCACCCUCUUGACGUGAAGCAGGUGACAGCUUAUCAUGUUUACAUUUCGCAGGAUCCUGCUGGAUUGGGUCGUUCUCAGAUUUCCGAGAUCUUGGUCAAUGAGUCCCUGCGGGCCUUUCUGAGAUCUGAUCAACCGCUGUCGCAAUACACGGAUGUGCUAGUUUACAGCGAGUCCAGCCUUGCCGAGCAGACAACUCCUGUGGCCUUGAAGAUUUAUGAUGCGGAGUCUCUCGUCAUCAAUGCCAACUUCACAGACCAGGAUCUGGAUGGAGAAGAGCUGGGUGGAACUGUUGAAUGGCAACAAUCCGGCGACUACCACUUGGUUGUCGCGUAUGAUUUGUACCUCGCUAGAAGUGCCAGUGGAGUAUCUCGAUCUCGCCUCAAUGAAUCAUUGGCCUCUGACGUUUUCCGGCUGGAUCUGGCUCCGGAGUUGCCGUUGGACAUGGCCACACACGUGGUGAUCUACACACGCUCUUCACUGGUAGAGCAAACUACGCCAGUGGCAAUCAAUAUCAGCGAUGCUGAUUGGAACGUGCAGUGGGUGUCUUUCUAUGACAUGGAUUUGGAUGGUGGGCAGCUUGGAGGGGGCAUCAGCUGGGCAGCACCGGCAGAACUGACUUUAGUCACCCACUACGUAGCAUACCUUGCGGCCAAUGCUUCGGGAGAUCUUCGAUCUCAAAUCGGAUCGCAUGUGCCAGUGGGGACGAACUAUGUGGAUUUGCCGCCAGAGACACCAAUGGAUGGAGUUCUGACAAACAUCGUUGUCUACACAAAGUCGGCGCUGGUGGAACAGACCACACCAACUUCAAUGGAAGUGAAUGACACCUCUUCCUCUGUUUCCAACAUUGUGUUUGUGGAUAAUGACUUGGACGAGAUGGAGCUGGGUGGCAACAUCACUUGGUCGACACCAGUAGAUUCAUCGCAAGUGACUCUCUACUCUGUCUACCUGUCCACCAGCUUUGAUGCUGAAAACCGGUCCAUCGUGGCAGAGGAUGUUUCCAUUGGCACGAACACUGCACUACUGCCGGCAGAGACUGCGAUGCGAUGGUUUACAUACGUCAACAUCUACACAAAGUCUCCAGUGAUUGAGCAGACAACGCCCGCCUCACUUUUUAUCUCAGAUACAAUCGCGCUCAUUGCAGAUCUUGAACUCGUCGAUCAAGACUUGGAUGCCACUGAGAUUGGAGGGAACGUCUCGUGGAAAGUCCUCCAGGAUUUCGCUUUGAUCUCGCAUUUCUCUGUGUACUUCACCGAUGAUACUUCUUGGCAAGCUGCAAGACUCCGUGCUGGUCAGGAUGUACAGGCUUCAGAGUAUGCGGAACUCUUCAUUCCAGCGGAGACUGAUCCCCCGUUGGCCACAUACGGUUUUCUGUCGGUCUUUCCUUCAUCUUCCUUAGCUGAGCGGACCACACCCUUCUCAGCUGUCAUCAACGACACCAUCUCUCCCGUCUACAACAUUAGCUUCGUGGAUUUGGAUAUGGAUUUGCAGGACUUGGGCGGCACAAUCGCGUGGAAUGAGCCUUUGGAAGCUUCACAGGUGACUCACUACUUGGUGUACUUGACGAUGAAUGCCAGCGAAGGACAAUCACUUGUGGCCGAGGUGCCUUCCACUGAUGUCUUGGUUCAGCUGGCGCCAGAGACACCUGCACAGACCUUUAUAGUUGUUUUCAGCCGAUCAGUUUUGGUGGAGUCCACAACGCCGGAUUUCUUGACCGUCUCAGACUCGUUUUCCCAAUCAGAGGUGAACUUCACUGACAAAGACCUGGACGGCACUCAAAUCGGAGGUGUCAUUUCAUGGAGCAUCCCAGUGCCAGAUUUUCGACCAUUGGUGGAGCACUUCUUUGUGUACCUCUCUGACUUCGGAAAUCGGUCACAGCUGGGGAAUGGGCCGUGGAGCACGAGAGAGGUGUCCGUCCAGCCAGAGCUGUACUACGCCCCCCACACUCAUGUGGCAGUUUUUGCUGCAAGCUCGUUGGUGGAGCAAAGCACUCCCUCGACCACAGAAAUUGUGGAUACAGAUGCAAGUGUAUCCAACAUCCUCUUCCAAGACAAGGAUCUUGAUGCGGAUGAAAUGGGUGGCUACAUUUUUUGGACAGCACCCACAGACUCCCUGCAGGUGACAUACUACAACGUCUUCCUGCGAGAUGCAUCUUCAAGUUCACAGAUAGCAGGAGAUGGUCCUGGUGGCCUAGUGCCACUUGGGGUGGAGCAGGAGUUUAUACCGGCAGAGACCGCCAUUGCCAGUUGGCAGGAAGUGGCAAUCUACACACAGUCCAGCUUGGUGGAACAAUCCACGGCAGUGGCACUACCAAUUAUCGAUGAGAUCGCAUCGGUCUCUGGUGUGGUGUUUGAUGAUAUCGAUCAGGACAUUGACGUGCUUGGUGGGCAAAUCAGCUGGGAACAUCCCAACGACACCUCCGAGGUCAGCUUCUACGUCGGCUACUUUGCCAACUUCCCAGGGGCUACAUACGGCAGCCGGAGGCAAGAGUUUGAAGUGGCCUCAAGCGCAAAUUACUUUGACCUGAGCCUUCAGACACCUCAGUCAGGAUACAGCUAUAUCUCAGUCUACACAAAGUCCAGCUUGGCAGAGCAGACCACUCCAACCUCCAUUGACCUUGUCGACUUCUGCCAGAAUGUGCCAACGCUGGAGAACACGAGCUUGACUCCCGAACAGGGCACCCUAAUGUUGGAUUAUUAUGAGGUACCCGAAUUGGUCAUCACCAAGUUCUUCCAAGUCUCAGAGGACGGCCUUUCUGUGGAGUUUGCUCCCUUGCGAAAGGGUCCCAUUACCAUGAUCAUUACCAGUACCACGGCAGUGGUGGGGAUGACUAGCGCCCAAGUCCAAGCCUUGAGCAACGCUAUCGGUGGGUCGGGCUGUCAAAUUGCCGGAGAUCAAAUGGCCGCAUGUACGAAUACAACGCUCCACUUGACCGGCUGUGCUCUUGACGUGGGAGGACUUCACCAGUACCGUCUUUGGAUCCUACAAGAAGAUGAGACGUCAGUCUUGCCAGAGACGGCCCAUAUUGACUUCAUGAUUGCCUCAGUGGUUUUUACGCAAGGCCCUCUUUUGUACUUCCGCAACAUGACAGCAGUGGCGAUACAGUACAUUCCCAGCCACGAGGGCUUUGAGUGGCUAUAUGCGGUCGCUCUGGCCAACGGACUUGCAGAUCAGGUCCAGGCUGAUGGUGACUAUUCCAUUUGGAGCCAGCGCGUGAAGAGCAUGUACCUCGCGGAAGGUGGCGCUUGUCAGUCUGCCGAGACACCCAUUCUCGGUCAAGAAGUGAAGAUUUCUUUUUUGCUCAACUGCUCCUUCGAGCUCGGCCAGGCAUACCGGAUUUUCGUCUUGCUGGAGGAUGGAUCCAACCGAAAUGAUGGUACAUUGAAGACACUGGACUUUGUGUAUCAGGGCGAGAUGACUCUGGACUCAGCCAUCCCAUAUUCUCAUCCGGUGCCAAGUUCUGACAGGUGGAGAAUUGUGCCUAUGACAUCGGUGGCAGACUGGAGAAUCCAACGCAUUCGGAUGUUUUCGGAUGUUACAUGCACACACCCAGUGGACGUGUAUCCUUCACCGUAUUUGGAUCCAUUGUGGUCGACUGUGCAAGAAGGCGAUCCACUUCCCAAUGGUGCUGCCUUCUCGUAUCCUGGGCCUUUGUCCAGCAGCAACGAUGUUUUCAAGGAUGUUGGGAAUUCCUGGGCUUCUGGCCAGCAUUGUGCGCCUGGUGCCUGUCACAUUGGCUUUAGCUUUGGUGGUGGCAACGGUGACCUUCGCGUUUCUACAAAGGUGGGCUGUGUGGAGGUGACGCAAUCAGAGGUCACUGGAGAGUUCGCCGAAAGCCUGGAGCUUCAGUACCAUGAUGGCACCGCCUUCGUUGCGUACCGUCAGGCCUUCGGCCUCUCCGGUGGCUACGCCUUGGUUCCAACCUUCAAUGGCACAGUGGGAGUACAUGUGGACCCCAGGUGA